CGUCGCAAAUGUGCCAUCAUGGCGGCUUCUUCGCCCUCCUGUCCCGCCUGGCUGGCUCGCUUCGCUCAGAUGAAGAGGCGAGGGGGUAAGCCACCCCCGAUAAGGCCUCCGCAGCCCCUGAUGCUGGCCAACCAGGUCUCGAACCGGCGCCUGAGAUUGGGAGAGGCAACGUGCAUCACAGAGAUGUCUCUAAUGAUGGCCUGUUGGAAGCAGAAUGAGUUCAACGACUCGAUUUGCGCCAAGGAGAUCCAGGCGUUCUUUGAGUGUUCUUCAAAAGCAGAAGCAGAACGCAAGGAGAAAAUUCUUCAAGACUCCCUUGGUCGGUCAGGAAAGCUUAGUUCAAAGCAAGUCAACAAACUUAUCAGUCGAUUUCCCAACAUUACUCACUAUUAUUAAAGGAAGCCUUGUUUCCACAAGGCACUAGGCGUCAGUGCUGAAAUCGGACCAUGUCUGCAGGUUCCCUGUUUCCUUGUCUUUAUUGAAGGCUGAUGUGGGGUCUGCAUUAUUUUGCUGAGGAUUUUGUCUGAGCACUUCUUUUGGCGUGGAAGUGGAAUCCAAGCUGCUGAAGAAAAGCGUUCCUUCUCAUCAGAAACGCCGGAUGUGUUUUGAGUAGAAGAAUGUUUUCCAAAAAGAAAACGUUUCCUAAGAGAAAAUGUACGUUUGAGCCUUGUGUGAAAGUAUUUUCUAAUUACAUAUCUAGUUGGAUCAAAAAGAGUCCAGUAGCACCUUUAAGACUAACCAAUUUUAUUUUAGCAUAAGCUUUCGAGAAUCAAGUUCUCUUCGUCAGAUGCCUGAUACAGAGACUGGUCAAACACAGAAGAGCAAGAGAGGGAAGAGGCAAUUAGGGGGGGAGGGGGAGGGAGCAAUCAAAACAUUCCUUUGCUAGUAUAUGUAAACAUCUCCUUUUGGUGUGUGUAUCAGUUGGCUUCAAAGGAGUUUGCCCUGUUAGUUUGUAGAAGCCAAACAGCUAGACCAUCCAAUUCCAAUGCAGUAUGGGCCUUCGGUAACCACAGCUCUCCCUGCCAGAUGCAUCUGACAAAGAGAUCUGUGGUUCCCGAAAGCCCACGCCAGGUACCACUGAGCUCCCCCAGACCCCACCUCUGUAAAGGAAAUCUGUUACCUGUGGUAAUGUGAUAACCAUUCAUAGUCCCUAUUCAGUCCCAGCUUGACAGAGUCAAAUUUGCAUAUGAAUUCCAGUUCAGCAGCCUCCCGUUGGAUUUUGUUUUUGAAAGGUUUCUGUUGAACUACAGCGACCUUUAAGUCUUUGAUGGAAUGUCCUGGUAGAUUGAAGACGGCUAACUUCUCUGCAUCUAUAUCUAGUUGGAUCUGUUACUAGGUUGUGAACUGUGUUUUGGUGUUGAUUUGAUUUCUUCCUGAAUUUUUGAAACUCUACUAGAGCAUAGUUUCAGCCUAUUACUGGUUAAGCACAGCAGUAGCUUCUAGCAGUCUUGUUUUUACAAAAUAAGCAUAAAUAAUAAAGUUUAAAAAAAUA